UUAGAGUAGCGGCGCUGUGUAGUCCUCCAUCUAGCUGCUUUUAAAAGUCGCUUCUUAGACCUGCUGUAAGGAGGUUCCACCUCGAGUUACGAAUGGUGAACUUCUCUGUGGAGUUUUUAUCGAAUAGUAACCGUUUUAGUUGUCAAAAAGGACCAAAAGACCCGUGUUUCCUCGAAGCUAUCAUGCUGAACACCGAGGAGAGUUCUUGGUUAUCGGGGUCCAGGCUGACCAGCUCCAUCCCUCAGUCUCCAGGGCCUCUGUGGUGUUCCGAUGCCCCUCACCCACUACUGAAGAUCCCGGGUGGGCGAGGGACGGUCAGGGAUCACUCUCUCGGCGUGCUACUACACAAGGAUGAAAAGUUAACAGUGACGCAGGGCGCUUCAGGGAGUGGAAACCCCUCUCUUCUCCGCUUCCACUACCAGCUAAGUGAGCGCCGCUCAGCCUUCUGGGAUACUGCUCUAUCUGGAGACAGCUUGUUCCUGGAGAUCCCAGCUGGGUCGCUUGUGGAGGGGAGCAAGGAGGGGCUAACAGCUCUGCUCGAAUUUGCAGAGGAGAAGCUCAAAGUUAACUAUGUGUUCCUGUGGUUCCAUAAAAGCAGAGAGGAUCGAUUGUGCAUCAUCAAGACGUUCCACUACAUGGGCUUUGAGAUGGUGAAGCCGGGAAACCCCAUGGUACCCACCCGGCCCGAUCUAGCCUUCAUGGUUUACUCUCUGGAAAACAGCAGCUCAGACGAGGAGUGACUGCCACACAGUCUCCUGACACCUCCCUCUCCCACCCUGAUUCCCCUCUCUCCUCCCUCCCUGAUGGAAACACACCCUCUGACCCAAACCCCUCCUCUCCUCUCAGAAGUCCUUCAUCACUGACUGGGAGGUGUCACUUUUUUAAAUAGACUUGUGACUUAAGAGGGGGUCUUGAAGCAGUAGGUAGGAUUUCGAGAUCACGCGGAAACCUCCCAACUCUCUUUGUUUCCUUUAACUGGAGGAUAACCCCAGUUGGAGACACGGGGAGCGGCGUAGCUUGAACUAAGUCAUCAUCACAUGCUUCCUUUUUCUUUCAUUUUUUCCUUCUUUUUUUGCAACAUUAUUCAUUUGCGCUGCCAUCAACAAGACAAAAAUCCAGGAAGAUGUGGUUUUUUACAUUAAAAUCCAGCAUAUCUCUCCUCUGACAGCUUCAAACUUUUAUAAGAAGAGACUUUGGUUUGUCUUUGUGUGCUGUAAAACCUGCAGUUGGUGCUGGUGGGGUCAAAACAGAGGGCUAAAAUAAUGUUUUGCUUAUGGGUAUAGAUGACGGGUGAACGACUGAUGUUACAUUUAACCUUUAAGCACAUGUAAACAUUUCUUUGCAGUUCUUCCUGAUAUAUGUUAAGGCAUCAUUCCAGCUCAUGUCACACACUCUGGGUUUUUUUAUGCUCUUUUCUGCUCAAAACGGCUGUAUAUAGUUUCUCCUCUUGUGUCACAGCUGAGAAGCAGCUUGUAUGUUGGAUGUCACAACCAGGAAGCUGAUAAAAUGCUGAGGCAAGUAUCUCCAUCAGUCCGUCAAGCUAAGUCUGAGUCAUUGACAAGCUAGCAAGGAGGAUUGCCUAAUUCUUUUUUUUUUCAUCCAUUUUGCCCAUUAUACGCAGAAAUAAAUGCUUGGAGUUUAUAUUUUUUCAAUAAUUGCAUAAUUGUUGGUGUUAGAUUAAAGAGGAGCUCCAUUAAUUGUUUCUUACAAUAAAUAUAAAAAUGCUUGUGAAGCUUUA